GCCUGUCCAAAUGUUCUGUUCCAGUUUGCUGACAUGUAGCUGCCACUAUUACUGGAACCUCAACAUUAUAAAGUGAAAAAGGCGAGUCAGACAAGAUGGCAGCAGAGAAAGAUGACAAUGAACAAAGUAACCUGAACACCAACCCCGCCUCCAUGGAGCAAAAUGCACUACCAGACAGUCAGAAAAGCUUGUGUUGUAGCACGCUGAAGAUGUUCCUGGCUGCCCUUUCCUUCACAUACUUUGCAAAAGCAUUUUCCGGGAGUUACAUGAAAAGUUCCAUUACACAGAUUGAGCGCCGCUUUGACCUUUCCUCCUCCACGGUUGGAAUGGUGGAUGGAAGUUUUGAAAUAGGAAAUUUACUGGUGAUCCCCAUUGUCAGCUAUUUCGGGGCCAAGCUUCACCGACCACGGAUCAUCGCAGCAGGCUGUCUUUUGAUGUCACUGGGGAGUUUCCUUACUGUCAUGCCACACUUCUUCAUCGGACUGUAUAAAUAUGAAUCAGCAAGGGCUCAUCCCGCUUCGUCGCUCAGCAAUAUAACUGGAAGCGUUUCACCGUGUAUGGCCAAUCAGAUGCCUCUUUCACCUCCGGACAUGGAUUGUGGCAAGGAAACCAACUACAUGUGGGUGUACAUCCUAAUUGGCAACAUGCUGCGUGGAAUUGGAGAGACUCCCAUCACCCCUCUGGGUAUUUCUUACAUUGAUGAUUUUGCCGGAAGUGAAAACACAGCUCUUUAUUUGGCUUUUCUUCAUGCCGUGGGCCUGUUUGGGCCGAUGGUCGGGUUCACAUUGGGUUCCUUCUUUGCCAAACUUUAUGUUGAUGUUGGCUUUGUGGAUAUGGAUGAGGUGACCAUCUCCCCACAGGACACGCGCUGGGUGGGUGCCUGGUGGAUGGGAUUCCUGGUUGCAGGGACGAUCAGUCUACUUUCAGCCAUUCCUUUCUGCUUCCUGCCGAGGAAUAUAAAAAGGCCAGAGGUACAGAAAUCUGCUGACUUACUGACAUUUAAAGAGAAGGAAAAGCUAGAGCCUCAGAAAAAGGCGACAAUGAAAGGAUUCCUCCUGGCACUGAAAAAGCUGGCAUGUAACCAUCUGUAUAUAUUGCUGAUGGCCAUUACAUUGCUGCAAACAAACAGUUUCAUCGGCUUCAUAACAUACAAACCAAAAUACAUGGAGCAGCAGUAUGGACAGUCCAUCUCCAGGGCUAAUUUCAUCACUGGAGUAUCCACUUUACCAGCAGCCGCUGCUGGCAUGUUCCUCGGAGGGCUGAUCAUGAAGAAGUACAAAUUUGGUUUACUGUGGGCAUCUAAAAUGUCGUUUAUCACAGCAUUUAUCGCCUUUAUCAUGUCUCUCUCUGUAUUUAUCAUUGGCUGUGAGAACCAUGAUGUUGCUGGGAUCACUGUGACUUAUAAUGGGAGUAAAGUGGAUAUAUUUGGUGAGCGUAGCCUUUUCUCUUCUUGUAACUCGGAGUGCCAUUGUUCGUCCAGCCGGUGGGAUCCAGUCUGUGGGGAGAAUAAAAUAACGUACAUGUCAGCAUGUUUGGCUGGUUGCAAAUCUUCCUCGGGGGCAGGGAAGGCUGUUGUUUACCAUAACUGCUCGUGUAUCGAAUCUUUGGGUUUCCCAUCAGCCAAUUCAUCCGUCGUGCUGGGGGUGUGUCCACCCACUGAAAACUGCGCCAGUAUGUUUGUAAACUACAUCAUCUUACAGAUCUUUUACACCUUUAUAUAUGCAAUCGGUGGAUCUGCAUACUUUGUCAUCAUCCUCUGGUCAGUGAGUCCAGAGCUUAAGUCGCUGGCUAUAGGAGUCUAUAUGUUACUGGUGAGAACACUGGCUGGAAUUCCUGCUCCUAUGUAUUUUGGAGCCCUAUUAGACAAAACCUGCCUGAAAUGGGGGACGAAGUUCUGUGGAGGAAAGGGGGCCUGUCGGAUGUAUGAUACCGAAUCCUUCCGAAAUACCUUUCUUGGUCUCACAGCUGGGAUCAGAGCACCAUCCUUCAUCUUAUUUAUUUGGUUUAUAAUUAUGGUUAAGAAGAGAGCUUCCAAAAGAUCACCAGAAAAUGGGGCACAGCAGGAAAAUGGCAGCACCAAGAAGGAGGAACACACAAAAGACGCCACUAAAGACGAAUGUGCAGCACUUGAGUUGGAGAAGGAAUCCUGCAUGUGAUGCAUCUCCACUGUGACUUGACUUCCCUCCCUCUUCCCCAGACAUAUUACAACUUUUUCAAACUUCCAGUUUGGAUAUACCAGUUAGUGGGCAAAAUCUCCCUGCCUUGGCCCACAUGUACUAAUGGCACAUGGUAAAAACUUCACUCUUUCUUCAGAGGGCUAAUCCUCAGAUAAUUUGGCCUUCAUAUAGUAACAUUUUGAUCUUCCUACAUUUUUUGAUUCAAAGUGUGUUUAAAUCAAGGCCAGGUAACAGGAGAGUUGCCAGCAGUUAGUUCUUUACCAAGGACCAGUGCUGUGGACAGAUGUUGUAAGGGAAGAGAGAGGCAUUAGUAGAGGGAAUUCACUUUUAGGGUGGGCUCACACUAGUCCAGUGCGAAUUGCAGCUAAGGUUUCCCUGCAAAGAUAAAAAUUGUUCGUUCAGUGGUUCUGUUGUAGCUGCGGAUCAGCGGACCAGGGAGAGGUGUAGGAAGAGGGGGAGAGAAUUCCUGUUCACAACGGAACACAUCUGCAAAUCAAAUGCGUUCCCAUUGAAGAUUAUGAGCCUGCAAUUCGCACCACGCUGCCUAGAAAACGCACACUUUUUUUGCAAUGUGGAGUGCGGAUACAACGUGAACCAUACACAUUGAAACUAACAUAUUUUCAAAUGUUCUUCGAAUUGGAUGCGGUGUAAGCCACAUCCAAUUCGCAUAUGUGUGAACAUAGCCUAAACCUUAAUUUCCCAGCGAUCCCUGUCUGUCUUCAGUAGCUCACCUGUCUUUUUCAACAUCUCAGGUGUUAGCAUGUGCUAAAAGAGGGGGUGUAGUGUUCAGUAAAAAGAAAAAAGGGUAAUGCCAAUAAUAAUGGCCAUUAAAAUAUUAUAUAUUGUGACAUAAUUGUUAGUACUCCUGCACACAAUUGCUAUGUAACCCCAAUACAAACUUAUUAAAACUGUGGAUGUUC